GACGAAGUGCAUCAGAAUGACUUCUGCCACCUCGACUGCCACGACCAGCGUCCAGCAAAGUUUUCGCGGGAUGAGCAUCCCGUCAUCAGCUGACGUUUUCGAACGGAAGUCGUCUUUUACGGUCAGUCUAGUACAGGGGACGACACCUGCUGCAUCUGCAUCAGAGAUCGUCUCGCCUACCCCUUCUAGCGAAGACUUAUCUACAACGAACGUUCUGGAAGAGGAUGUCGUGUGGCUCCGUCUGUUGACCACUUCAUCCCUCGGCGGGUCUACCGAAUGCUCUUCAAGCAAUGGGACGUCUACGGGUGGCAACCUGACUACAAAUUGUACCAGCCUCGCGAGCAGCGCGUCGUCAAAUGCGACGUCGGCUGCAGCAAUUACCACGUCAAGUCCUGUUAACACAACGGCCGCAGCAACCACAACUUUGUCGCCAACCUCAGUCUCGCCUGUCGUGGCAGCAACAAGUUCUUCCUCGGACGACGAGCUGUUCUCGGGACUGUUUUUCUACCUAUUCGCGAGCUUAGCUGGCGCAAUCGUCCUCUGUUUCCUGAUUUGCAUGUGUUAUAGUUGCGCAACUGGCUACUGCAGCGCGCUGUACCAAUGGCAUUCCCACUGGAUUGCAGGCACUCUGCCCCCAUCAAUGGCUCCACCAGGAGCCGGUGCGAAUGGCCGGGUUGCACCAGAUCACGACAGGCACGAUCCGAGCAAACCGGUAGAACAGCAAAGUAUUAAAAGUGGAGAUGAAUUCAAUUUCGAAGAUUUCUUUUUUAGUGGCGGAGCGGAGGACGAAAAGGCCCCUCCUCGAGGAUCAUCUAGAUCUAAUAAUCGAGGAGGUAGUGUUGUCCCAAACGGUCGGCCACCGGGCGGAGCAGACUCGAGAAGCGAAGGCAGCUUCUCAGACGCUGAUGAUACAUAAAAACUUCGCUUAUAGUGGAGGCUAAAUAAAAGAACCAGAAGGGCAACGGGGGGGUCUUGAUGAGAAGAUAAUUUUGUCGGCCGGGAAUUCUUAAAGCGUGAUGCUCGCCACUUCUACGCGUACAGCUAUGAGGAUGAGGUGUACAGUUAUAUUUCCAAGAAAGAACAACAUGAACAUCAUCUUCAUGGGUGACGUCGUCGGUCUCGGCUCCUCUUUAUACAUAGUAUAGGAUGUCAUCAGGAUCACGAAUGGCCACUUUCGAGCUUGG